UAUAGAAGUUAACAGUUAGUGACGUGUCAAGAUGGCGGGUGGAAAGAAGCUUACUAAAGAGGAAGAGCUUUUACUUCAAGAUUUUAGCCGAAACGUCUCGACCAAGUCGUCGGCAUUAUUCUACGGAAAUGCAUUUAUAGUUUCGGCCAUUCCAAUAUCACUGAAGAUCUUUGAAACCUCAAAACUUUUCAACAUGGUGGAUAAGAAUAUUCCUGUGAGGGGCUAUGCUGAUGCAUUGAAAAUAUCCAAGGAAGCUGGUGCCAGCACAACCAUAACUUUCUAUCCUUCCUUAUUAACCCAUGUUCAAGAGAAGGAAGUUUUGUGCAGAAAAUGGCUGGCAGACCCUAUAAAGAGAGAAGCGCAAUCCUCGGUGACUACUUCAACCUUGCCUCUGAUGGUGCUGCACCCACUGCUGAAUCGGUUGCCUUUUUUUUUUUUUUUUGUUAGAGUUGCCGUAAAGAGAGAAGAGGCAGUGACAAGAGAAAUUAUGAAAAAAUUGGCCGACGACAAGAAAAUGUCUAAAAAGGAGAAGGACGAAAGAAUUUUAUGGAAGAAGAACGAAGUGGCCGACUACGAAGCGACUACGUUUUCCAUCUUUUACAACAACGCCCUAUACUUAAUGCUCAUCACGGUCGCUUCCUUUUACGUGAUGCGAUCGUUUACGCCCAGCGUGAACUACGUGCUGUCGGUGGGAACCGCGGGAGGACUGUUGGCUCUGUUUUCUACAAGUUCUCACUAAAAACUUAAACAUUUUAAACUGACAAUAAAAGUUUGAA